AUGGCAGAAGCAGCCGACGAGCUCUGGCUUUGGCAUUGGGUUCUUCCGAGCAUCCGGCCCGAGUCCUGGGAAGCUGCUUUCAGCAAGGCGCAUCCGCAUGGGCCUCUUGGCCAAGUUGGAGGAAAAGAGGGAAGACUCCGUCGAGCAGAGCUUUCUGGGGGAGGGGCCGUCGGUUACAUCCAGCUGCCACUCACGGUCGUCUUCGAGUCGUCUUUUCCUACGUCGUCUUGCUCCCGCAAGGAUCUGCUUUUCCAGCAGCACAGGGCGAAGCCUGGGCUUCAUGCGCUAAAUGCGCCACUGAAAGUGAGGUGGCUGAUGCACUCACCGAUGAUGAGAUCUGCCUGA